UGGUAAUAGUGAAGAGAAAGUAAAAAUAGUGCAAACUUCAAGUGCGAGUGUGUCUCCAAAUGGUCCGCCAUGAGCAGCGCCGGCACCGGUGACGUUUGGGGCGGUUGCUUCCGCGUGUUCAAAAAGGCCAACUCUGCGUCCAAAGCGCACGGAUCGUCGUCGUCGCUGUACAAGCCGUCCCUGACAACGGUGGACAUUCUCGAGGUGAGACGGCUAAACUCGGUCCGAAUGGCCGCAAACGCCGAAGCCACGAACCGGGACGUCCAAACUGAGAUGGACACCGGUCAGUCCGACGAGGAAGAAUAUUCGCCGGUGCAGCUGCGCCGGAAGUUGCCAGCGGGCGAGGAGGAGCAGUACCUGAUGUUCUCGACGGAUGACGAGGAUUUGGAGGGAAGAGGUGGCGGUGGCAGGCCCCAGCCGGAUGUGCUCGAACUUGUCAAAAGUUUGGACCAGCGGGCGCUCCGGUUGAAUGAGAUUAUGCUACGGAAUGACAAAAACGGCAAAACCAAAGUUUACACCCGAACUGCGGGUCCGGCCACAAACGGUGUCCCGUCGGCAUACCGUCCCCGGACCCUGGAACGGAGUUCCUCCGGUGGAGCAGCAGGUCGCCGCCAUCCCCACAUGCGCCACGUGGCCAGCCUGCACGAGAUCGUCGAGGGACGCACGCUAGAUCUGGACUCGCCCACCGGAGAUCCACAGGACGAAGUGAGUACUCUCGCGGUGAUCUAGUCGUCCACGUACCAACUGUCAACCACCACCGGGAGGGGGG